ACUCAGCUCGUUGGAAGGGAAUCGUAUGAUGGCUCCGUGGAACGACGCUUCCAACUUGGAUCUCUACGCCAAAAUCAAAACGACUCGCGAUCAAUUCACAAAUGCCGCGAAUCUCGACGUCGCUUGCCGGGAGGCAACGGUGAGGGGUCCGAGAAUCUACAAGGGCUACAGAACUUCCGGGCAGGCAUCGACGAAUUUCCGCGAGAUGUGCAUUUUCCCCACCAAAGAAGAUCUCGAGGAAGAACAUCCUUUCCUGAGGAAAAACAUCAUAAAAGGUGCCUACGAGAGUGUCGACGAUUAUCUCGAUGUACAGUUCCGUUUGCUCCGGGAGGACUACGUUACUCCGCUGCGUGACGGUUUGCGAGAAUUCAAGAAUUUGGGAGGUGAAUUCUGCCGUCAAAAACUUCGUUCCAUCCAAGAUGUGCGUUUCUAUGGUGGAGUACUAUACCAGAGGCCGCAGUCGUCCGGACCUAAACUCACGCUGGUGCUCGCACUCGAAGACCACAAAUUCAUCAAUUGGAGCCGCUCCAAGCGCUUCACGAACGGCUCCUUGAUUGGCAUUUCUCCGGACAAGUUCGAGACGAUCAUUUUCGCUACCGUCUGCAACAGGGAUGUGGAAGCCUUGAGUCAGUCGGGUAUUCUGACAUUGGACCUGUGCUUCGAAGAGGAUAUGCUGGAGUUCAAGUCCGGUAUCGAGUUCAGUUUGGUUGAGAGCAGCGGAGCCUACUUCGAAGCCUAUCGUCACAAUCUUGCAGUGAUCCAGUCCAUCACAGAGCUGCCGUUUUCGAGGCAAUUGGUUUUCGCGGAAAAAGACGUGCGGGCGCCUUCUUUCAUGUCUGAUUACACAGAGCUGGACAUGGCACCGAUACUCAAGCAUGAGACGGGCGGAAUGAGAAUGCUCUCUGUCGACGCGUGGCCGCAUCUGGAGGAUACCGUCUUGAAUAUUCGACAGUACGAGGCCAUACGGAAUGCGUUCCGCAACGAAGUGUGCGUAAUACAGGGUCCGCCAGGUACCGGAAAGACAUUCGUCGGUCUCAAAAUCGUCGAGCUUCUGAUCGCGAACAGACUAUCUAGAAAGCCCAUCCUAAUCGUCUGCUACACGAAUCACGCUCUCGACCAGUUCCUCGAAGGUAUAUCGAAGUUCACUCGUGAUAUCGUCCGCGUCGGGGGCCGCUGUAACUCGGAGAAUCUGGAGAAAUUCACCCUCCGCAGUCGCCGUCGCUACCACGAUUUUCGCUCUCCCGAAAAUUACGAUCGGCAGAAAUUGAGAACACUGAUGAUGACCCUCUCAGAAAAAAGGGACGUUCUCAUGCGACAGCUCGAGCAAAUAGAAAACUCUAUAGCAUCAUUCGAAGGGAGAGCGAUAUUCGAAGAUGUGACGGGGGGCGGUGAGCGAUGGAGAAACGUACUCCAAGUCAACUCCAUCGCUCGGAUUCUUCAAGAGGAGGAGGCGCAAGUUGCUGAAGAAAACUUGGAAGACGACGGACACUUGAGCGACGAAGAUCGGGGAGAGUUGGAGGAUGAACUCGAAACUCCGAUCCGACCAAAAUGCCAUUCGAGGACAGAGAUAGCGAUCAGAACGUUGCUCGGAUCCCACAAACGAGAAAGCUUGGAUGGCGCAUUCGAUGAGCUACCCUACAUCAAAUACAAAUGGGCACGACGCCGGGCGUGGGAGGAGAUGCUGGAGAGCGCCGAUUCCCAAUCACUCCCGAUGACGACUGCCCCUCCCGCGCUUUCGGUUUUCGAGUGGUGGAAGCUGUACCGAGAAGUACAUUGGGAUCGAGCCGUCGAGGCUGCGACGCAUUACCUCAAAGCUUGUAAGCAGCUGCGUCAUCAGCCGAGCGGACUCCUUGUGGAAUCAGAGCAUCUCCAGAUCUUGAACCAGCCCCCGACGGACGAGGUCGGCCUGACCCUGAGGUGUCUGCAUUACCGUUUGAAGCGAAUCCGCCAAGAGUUUCUGGACAACUCUAAACAACUCAACGAAGUAGAGAAUUUGAUGGAUUCGGAAAUCAUCAAGAGCGCUACGAUCGUCGGGAUGACGACAACAGGCGCGGCGAAAUACAAUGCAAUGCUCCGUAGGGCCGAGUGUGAGAUCAUCGUUGUUGAAGAGGCGGCCGAAGUGCUAGAAGCUCAUCUCAUCACGACCUUGGGUCCAUCGACGAAGCAGCUCAUACUUAUCGGGGACCAUCAACAAUUGCAGCCCAGCGCCACUGUUUACAAACUUGCGACCCAUUUCAAUCUCCAAGUUUCUCUCUUUGAGAGACUCAUCAACAACGGUAUCACUUACGUGCGACUGCAGGAACAGCAUCGCAUGAGGGACGAAUUCUUGAAACUACUCGUACCGACGAUCUAUGCGGAUUACUUCUCUCAUGAGAGCGUUUCGAGCUACGAAAACGUUCGAGGUCUGGCGCAGAACCUAUUCUUCGUCACUCAUGAACAUAGUGAAAAUGUCGAGAGCGAGAAUAGCUCGAAAUCGAAUUCAUUCGAAGCCGGGUUCGUCACUCGCCUGGCUCUAUAUCUGCGCAUGCAGGGUUACUCCCCGUCGCAAAUCGUCAUACUCACUACGUACUCCGGUCAGGUGCGUGGGCUACUGGAAGCACUAUUAGUAUGAAUUAAAACUUUCCGCUCCAUCUACGCAGGGAUUCGGAUCACGACGGUGGACAAUUAUCAGGGCGAAGAAAGCGACAUCGUCAUCGCUUCGUUCGUCAGGAGCAACGUGGACGAAAAAAUCGGCUUUCUUUCCAGGGACAAUCGCGUGUGCGUGGCUCUCUCCAGAGCGAAGAAAGGUUUUUAUUGCGUGGGAAAUAUCGCGAUGCUCGCGAAAGCCUCGAAAACAUGGGAGAACAUAUCUCGAACUCUCCUUGAGGGGAACCAUGUGAACAAAGGUCUAGAACUUUACUGCGAUACCCACAAUUUUCGCCUAAUGGCUACAGAGGCCCGUGACUUCGAUGAGUUCUCUGACGGAGGAUGUUCGCAGCCAUGUGGAUAUCGUCUGGAUGCUUGUGGUCAUGUUUGCCCGAAAACCUGCCAUAAGUUGUAUGCCGACCACGAAGAGAUACUGUGUCGACGAAAAUGCGAGAGGGAGCGACCUUGUGGCCACCCUUGUGUGCUGGAUUGCUUCCAAAGCUGCGGAAAAUGCUACUCCGAAGUGAUUAAGACUCUAGGUUGCGGACACGAAGUCAGAACUGUAUGUCACCUGCCGCCCGAACUUAUAGAGUGCAGCAUCGUCGUCGAGAAACCCUUGGAGAAAUGCGCGCACUCAGCGAGCCUCCCAUGCUGCUCUCCAACGAAGGAUUAUCGAUGCCAAGAACCCUGCCAGCGUCUGAUGCCGUGUAACCUUCAUCCGUGCACGAAAAAAUGCUCGUCGCCUUGUGGGAAAUGCAUGGAGUUCGUUGAAAUGGAAUCUCCUUGUGGUCACAUGGUCACGGUGCAGUGUCGAGAUAGCAAAGAUGAAGACUGUCUCCGACACGCUUGUGUAGCGAAUGUUGAACUUGAGCUGCCCUGCGGGCACAAAAACAUGAUCGCUUGCUCACUGAGAAACGCGACCGUCAUCACAGACCUAGAAGAUCGUUGCCAGCAACGAACUAGUGUGUCAUGCUCUUCUGGACAUAAAUUCCAUGCGAAGUGCUCGGUCGCCAAACAGCAAGAGUCCGUCGACGAGCGUUGCGCCUCCGAAGUGUCCGUCCCACUCCCGUGCGGCCACAGUAUCGAACGACCAUGUAACGAGGUUCAGCGCCUCGAUGUUUCGGAAAUUCAAUGCCGAAAAUUAGUUGAAGUGGAUCUGUUGUGCGGUCACAGUACGGAGGUAGAGUGCAAGUUGGUGUCAAGCAAAACCUACGACAUCGUGUGUCGAGCUACUGUGGAAGAGACUCUCGGCUGUGGACACAAGCUCCUCCGUAAAUGUGGUGAAGAAGGAAAAUGCAUGGAGAGAGUCACCACGAAGAAACCUUCUUGUGGCCAUGAAGUUGUCACCCAGUGUUGGACGCUCAGCCGCGAGAGCCUAGCCCAGGAGAGCUGCCCAGCUCCGUGCAAAAAAAUUCUUCAGUGUGGUCACGGCUGCAAAGGUUCGUGCUCUGGAUGUUCCGGCGAUGGUUUUCAUCGGGAAUGCCUCUUCAAGUGUCAGGCGACAUUGUUCUGCGGCCACCCUUGUGGCUCGAUCUGCCACUCCCAGUGCAACCCGUGCCAGAGGAAAGAGAAAGUCGUCUGUUCUCAUGGUGUCAAAACCGUCGAAUGCUCCUCGCUCAUCAACGAGCCGUGCACCAAGACACCCCGACACUGCGAACACUUGGACUGCGGAGCGGAACGGUGCACCGACUGUCAUUGCAGGUGCGAUGCUCGCUGCACCAGAAUUUUGUCGUGUUCGGGAGGUGGUCGAGGGAGGAAUAAGACCAGAAGUUCGAACCAUCAAUGCGUCGGACUCUGCUCUGAACUCUGCGUGUGUAAAAUAUGUUACGCUCGGGAGAUAAACGGUGCGACUCUGGCGGAAAACGUCAGCUUCAAGAACGCUCGUUUCAUAAAACUUCCGUGUAACCAUGUGUUCGAGGUCAACUGGUUCGAUGAAUACAUUCGACGGCACGGAAACGUCUUGCGCUUCCCCGAAUGUCCGAAACGCAACUGUGGAGCUCAGAUAAGACUCGUGAAGAGGUACCACCAAUUUUUGGAACGCAUUCGACUGAACAUGCGCGAAGCCCAUACGCGCGUUUUCGGUGACUUCGACCAAAUGAGGGAAUCACAUAUGAAGCUCUUCCAACGAUGCCAGUCCGAUCAGACGAUUGCUCCACCUGGAAGAGAGGAAGUGUUGACACUCUUCAAGGACAAAGUACUCGAGUUGAGUAACACGCCGUCUCGCUUCGUACACGAAUAUUUGUCAUCGCUCCUCAGUGUUUUGAACGAUCCCGCUGCGAAUCGCGGGCCCGAUGCUGCCGAACGCUGGAAGAAACUCAUCCGGGGAGGAGGGCUCCAGCUAGAGCGCCUGAGUGACUUUGUACGCUCAGCUCUCGGAGAAACGGCCGCGAAAGCCAUCGCCGUACCUGAAAAGCCUAUUCGUGUGGACGGAUGGGUCGCGUGUGAGAAGAACCACGUUUUCCUGGGCGGAAAGGAUGAGCACUGUCGCGAGUGUAUUCCAGAGGAUCUGAUCGCGGAUAACCUUGGAGAGCUGCAGCUUCAAAAAUCUCCCGGGAGUUCAACGUCUGAUUCCACGGACUCCACUGUUUGAAAUUCUCUCGAGAGGGUUGACAUACUCUUAACAUACUCUUAACAACAAUCGAAAUCUCUCGAGGUCUACAGUCUGCGGGCUAAUAAAUUUUGAGCUCUCAAGUAGGCGUUGCC